AUGUAUCAUCCCCCUACAGCACAACAAGACCGUAACAAUCCUCUGGGUCUUCCAAUCUACGAAUGCUGGUUUUGCCCAACAAACUGGAUCGGGUUCUCAGGCCUCCUCUUCCACCUCGAAGAAGGCCGUUGCGUGAAGCAGGACCGCAUCCGCACUCUCGCCUUCGAGUCUCCUGAAUAUGGGUUUUAUGGCAACCGACUCACCGACCAAAAUCCCUUCUUCUGCUUCCAAUGCCGUGCCCAGUUUCCUCAGGUCUCUUACCUCUAUCACCAUGCCGAACACAGCCCUUCUUGCUCAUACUUGCUCAAUCCCUCUGAGUGUCUAGGAGCUCUCCGUGACUUUUACGUUGAAUACUAUGAGUGUCCUGGCUCGGACUACAUCCACUUUUGA